AUGCAUUGGCAGCUGCACGGUGCAAGAAACCACCUAACAUGUGUUGUCACAGGCUACUGUACUGUGUCAGAUAUAUUAUCAGAGAUGCUUUCCAAGGAGUUGACUGUAAUCGUACUAUAUCCAAACUAUAUCCGGUUAUAUAUACUGUAUCCGGUUCCAAACCCGUACGAGAGCCCCGGAGCAGUUGUAACUAACAAGCCAUGCUCUACACUACGUCUUCCUGUCAUUAUAGGUGAAAAUUCGAAACAAAUUUCGCUUAGAGCAGUCUCUGCGUAUGUAGACCUCUGUUCACGAGGAAACAGAAAACGACCACGCUUCUUGGUUGCCAUGGAAACAGGAAACAAGUUGAUAUUCCGAGUAACGGCACAGCAUACAAGUUUAAUGAAUCUCAAACGCAUAUAUCUACGAUAUUAUCCUCCAGGAUUAACGUUCGAAUUGACGGACGCUGCCGGAGACUCCUGGCGACGAGAUGUGGAACUACUCGAUCUUGGUCCUCAUUCGACCGUGGGCGACGUGGUGGAGAAGGUGAUGGCGCAACACUCGUGCGUGGGCGGCCAGCGUGGGCGUCUGGAGAGGCUGGUGGGGCGGCUGGUGGCUGCCCUCAGAGCCUCCACGACCGCCGCCCACGCCCGCCACAAGACGCUUCGCUCGCACAUCCUGCCGCUGACCAACGUGGCGCUGAAUAAGGACGCCUCCGUCUGUGCCACCGCCAGCUACGACCGCCAGUGCCGCCUGUGGUCGACCGAGAAUGGCCAGUGCGUGGCCACGCUCAAGGGCCACUCCGACGUCGUGUUUGAUGUCACCUUCGCCGGGAAGAAUGACGAACUCGUAGCGACCUCCAGCUUCGACGGCAGCCUCAGGGUAUGGACCUCCCCCGAGGGCACCUGCGAACUGGCCCUUGAGGGACACGAAGGCCCAGUGGCAGUGGUCCGUCCGCUGGCUACCUCACGCCAUCACCUCCUCACCGGCGGCAUGGACACUUCGGCGAGGGUGUGGGACUUGCAUAUGGGAGAGAACACCGUGACACUGGCAGGUCACAAGGGAGCUGUGGUGGGGGUAGGGGGGGACAGGUCAGGUGAGCUUCUGUACACAGCUUCCUUUGAUGGCACCGUGAAACUAUGGGACACACGCUCUUAUACAUGCAGCUCCACCCUCCAAGGUCACGAAGGCGAGGUCAACGGCGCUGACCUGAGCUGGUGUGGGCGGUACCUGGCUUCGUGGGGAACGGAUGCCGCCGCCCUCCUCUGGGACGUCCGCCAGGCCGACCAGCCGCUCCACGCCGUCCGCUUCGAUGCUGAGGUGGUCGACGGCGCGUGGGACAGCUGUGGGCGGCGACUCGUGACGGGAAGCGUAGACAGAACAGCUCAGAUUGUUCAUAUAAAUUCACUUACAACUUCUCUCGCGCUCUGUGGCCAUGGAGGAGAAGUUUCUAAGAGUCUACUGGGCCACGACCGGGAGAUUUUCUCAAUGGCUGUGAGUUACUCCGGUGACGUCAUCAUAACAGGCAGUCGAGACAAUACGUGUGUUCUGUGGAAACGUAUUACUGGAAACUAGAUGAUGAAAAUAAUAGAUUUGGUUUGAAUCAUUGGAAGUAUGUUUUUUUUUAAUGUUUCUCUUCUGGCAGGUGGAUUAUAUUUCCAUUUAGCUU